AGUUUUCCGUGUUUAUUACCAGUCUGUGAGAAUGAGUUCAACAUGGCCUAGGAAGGAAGGGCGCAAAUAGGCUGGCUCUGUUGGAAGCUUCCUUUCAAGCUUCUCUUACACGAAGUACAACACUGUUGGCUGCUGCUCUGUCCAUUAAGACAUGACAUGUUCAUAACAAUUACUUACCACACGAAUCAAUGUCUUUUUCGACAACAUGGGACAGGCUAUUGGCUAACACAUUUGUACAGGUGCAAUGAUCAAAGACCAUCCACCGCCAUGUAAUCAUCUUUUUACAUAUGUUUUCUAAGAGUGAGAUUCUCAAGAACAAGCUCUCCCUUUGGUUAUUUAUUUCUUAUUUUGGUCGGUGACUGAUCUCCUUCUUUGUAUCGAUCUACCACUUCUCAAAUCUUCAGUCAUUUCUUAACCAGUUCAAGAUUCUUCUUUUUGUUCUCUUUUCUUGUUAAAUAUGAAUUUAUGAUGCUUUUGACCCUGGAGUUUACUUAUUCUAUAGCUCCCAUUAUUUGUUGUUACUUCAAUUCAGAGAUCUGAAUUGAUUCUUAUGCCAUAUAGCGUCAUAGUUUUUAUAAAAAAAAAAAAAAAUCCAAUAUUUCAAAACGAUAUUCUUCUUUCCUUGUUUCUAUCGCUUAAAGAUUCAUUUAUUAGAAUUAUUUUUGUUCAUACCUUUCUGUUUAUAUAACUAUACGCUUUUCUGUUGUUUUUGUUGUUGUUGUUGUUUUUUUCUUUAUCAUGAAGCUGAUUAGUUGUAUGCGGGUGCCUAAUUCUAAUGCUAAAAGCAGUGCCAAGAGAAGACCAAUGGUGAAAGACACUGCAUAUUAUGAUAUAUUGGGUAUCAAUGUUGAUGCAUCCGCAGCUGAAAUCAAGAAGGCUUAUUACCUCAAAGCAAGGCUAGUUCAUCCUGAUAAAAAUCCUGGAGAUCCAAAAGCUGCUCAAAAUUUUCAGGCACUUGGUGAGGCUUAUCAGGUUCUAAGUGAUCCUGAAAGGCGUGAAGCAUAUGACAAGCAUGGGAAGGCAGGAGUACAGCCGAAUUCCAUGUUGGAUCCUUCAGCUGUGUUUGGAAUGCUUUUUGGAAGUGAAUUCUUUGAAGAAUAUGUUGGACAACUAGCAUUGGCUUCUUUGUCAGCUGUUGAAAUUGAAGAUGAUUCGCUAGUUAAGGAAGCUCGUAUGCAGAAAAUUCAGGAAAAGAUGAAGGCACUUCAGAAAGAAAGGGAAGAAAAGCUCAUAACAAUUCUGAAAAAUCGCCUUCAACCAUUUGUAGAAGGUGAAACUGAUGAGUUCAUUAACUGGGCAAGUUCAGAAGCACGGCGACUUUCAAAAGCUGCUUUUGGUGAGGCUAUGCUACAUACCAUUGGAUACAUUUACACGAGGAAAGCAGCAAGGGAACUUGGAAAAGACAGGCGAUAUAUGAAGGUACCGUUUUUAGCAGAAUGGGUGCGAGAUAAAGGGCACCGUAUAAAAUCACAAGUAAUGGCAGCUUCAGGUGCUGUUAGUUUAAUUCAAAUACAAGAUGAGCUGAAGAAAGUGAACCAAGGAGAAAACAAAGAAGAGAACAUACUGAAAACCCUUGAAGAUAAGAAGGAUGCCAUGCUUCAGUCCCUUUGGCAGAUCAAUGUGGUUGAUAUUGAGUCAACUUUAUCUCAUGUCUGCUUAGCAGUACUUAAAGACCCUAGCGUAUCGAAGGAUGUUCUAGUUUUACGGGCAAAAGGAUUGAAAAAACUUGGAACAAUUUUUCAAGGAGCAAAAGCUGUCUAUAGUAGAGAAAACAGCCUGCGCCAUGAAAAUGACAAAGCGAUAAGGGCCGGUUCCUCGUCAUAGUCAUCUUGAUUCUCCAUGGAUGCCAACUUUGUUGUUGAUUAUUACUACGGCAGACUAGGACACUUGAUGUUCUAUCAGUUUCCAGUUGUUAGAGGAUAUUUCUGCACUUUCCCUAUGAUGCUCAGGUACAAGUUGUCCCCUACAAAGGCAUAUAUACACAUAUCCAUAGGUAAUAGCAAACCUUAUCUGCAACUAGGUGGAAGAAUGAUCGUGUCAAAGGCACCAUUGGCACCAGUUCUUGGGGAACCUUUUGCAAAUCAUUCAGCAAUGCAAUAGUUAAAUAUAUAAGACAUAAUCAUCAAAUCUCUGGACAUUUAUAUG